AGUCCUCAGUACCGCUGCCACCAUCACUCUAGAGUGAGCAGGAACAACAGGGGAAGGGGAGGAGCGAGCUAGCUCAAGUGUCUCUCUUUCCCUCUCGUUCUCCAGCUCGUGUUUCGUUGCUGCUGCUGCUGCCAUGGGUGGUGCGGCGAGGAGGGUGUCGGCCGUGGCCGUGGCGGCGCUUGCGGCGGCGGUGAUGUGGGCGGGGGUGGCGGCGGCGGCCGUGUACGAGGUGGGCGACAAGACCGGGUGGACCGUCAUGGGCAACCCCAACUACGCCGCCUGGGCCGCCUCCAAGACGUUCCAUGUCGGCGAUGCCGUUGUUUUCACGUACCUGAAGCAGUUCCACAACGUGCUGGCGGUGAGUAAGGCGGACUACAAGAACUGCGACACGACGAAGCCGAUCACCACCUGGUCCACGGGCAACGACUCGGUCGUCCUCAACACCACCGGCCACCACUACUUCCUCUGCGGCUUCCCGGGCCACUGCGCCGCCGGGCAGAAGGUCGACAUCCGCGUUGCCUCCUCCUCUGCUGCCCCUUCCGAGGCCCCCUCCGCGGUGCCCGCCCUGUCCCCCGGCUCCAAGCCCUCCGGAGCCGCCGCCGCUCCGUCCCCGCACGCCAACGCCGCGCCCAAGACCUUCGGCUGCUCCGUGGCCGCGACCAUCGCCGCGUCCGCGCUUUCCGUGGCCGCGGCUCUGCUGGCCUGAGGCUUCUGUAGUCUGGCGCCUUUGUGAAUUGUGAGGACAUCUGUGUCUGUGACUGUUGUCGUAUGAGCAGGAGCACUUGGACCUGUGUUUGUUUACUGUUUUGCCCUAUAGCUUCAUACACUGGUCUGGUUCUGUGGAUCUUCGUCUGGGUUCGGGAUUUCUACCGGUUGUCAAUCACCUCAUGUUCUGGGCUCUUCAUUCAUCUCGGUGUUGUUCUAUCGAUUGAGCACUAUUUUUACUCUUA